CCCCUUCAUAUCCGAUUAAUUAACAAAAAUAAAAAGAUUAUCCUCUAAACACAGAACUCACACGUACUCACCAAAACACGAUUACACGAACACCACGCGCUUAUUGGUAGUUAGUUAAUCAGUUAUUCUUAUCUUAUAUCUUAAAAACACAACACAGAGAAAGUAGUGUUUCUGUGAGAAACAAAAAAAUGUCUUCUAAACCGAAAAAACAAACAUACAGCGUAUGUUUCUGCUGCCGGCGCCGGUUUAAACUCGGCGUAUCAGAGGCACCGCCGGAAAUAAAAGAGCUUUACCAUCGUUACUCCGAUGAAGGCGGGAUCAUGACAGCAUCCCACCUGAGAAGCUUUCUGAUUGAGGUGCAGAAAGAAGAGAAGAUCACAGAAGAAGAAACACAAGCAAUCAUUGAUGGUCAUAAACAUUUGAGUAUCUUUCAUCGUAAAGGUCUUAAUCUUGAAAGUUUCUUCAAGUUUCUCUUCGGUGAUACUAAUCCUCCUCUUUUACCUUCCACUGGGGUGCACCAAGAUAUGAGUUUACCAUUGUCACAUUAUUACAUAUUCACUGGUCAUAAUUCAUAUCUAACUGGAAAUCAGCUUAGUAGUGACUGCAGUGAUGCCCCCAUCAUCAAAGCACUUCAGAGAGGUGUUAGGGUGAUUGAAUUGGAUAUAUGGCCUAAUGACUCCAAGGAUGAUGUUGAUGUCCUUCAUGGAAUGACAUUGACGACUCCUGUGGCACUUAUCAAAUGUUUGAUGUCUAUUAAGGAGUAUGCCUUCGUUGCGUCUGAAUAUCCGGUUGUAAUAACCUUAGAAGACCAUCUUACUCCUGAUCUUCAGGCCAAAGUGGCUCAGAUGGUUACUCAAACAUUUGGAGACAUACUGUUUUGUCCUACCUCAGAAACCUUGAAGGAAUUUCCUUCACCUGAUUCACUUAAAAAAAGGAUUAUCAUAUCAACCAAGCCACCUAAGGAGUACCUUGAAGCUAAAGAAGAAAAGGAAAAGGAGGAAUCACAGAAGGGAAAGCCUUUAGGUGAUGAAGAAGCUUGGGGCAAAGAAGUCCCAAGUUUAAGAGGCGGUACUAUAGCUGAUUACAAGCAAAACAGUGGUAUCGAUGAAGAUGAUCUUAAGGAGGAGGAAGAUUCCGAUGAAGCGUCACGGCAAAAUACAUCAGAUGACUACAGACGCUUAAUUGCUAUACAUGCUGGGAAGCCUAAAGGUGGAAUAGUGGAAUGUCUCAAAGUGGAGCCUGAUAAAGUGAGACGUCUAAGUUUAAGUGAGUCACAGCUUGAAAAGGCUGCUGAAACAUACGGAAAAGAAAUUGUCAGGUUCACUCAGCAGAAUAUAUUGCGAGUGUAUCCGAAAGGUACACGCAUUACCUCAUCAAAUUAUAAUCCAUUAAUUGGGUGGAUGCAUGGAGCUCAGAUGGUUGCAUUUAACAUGCAGGGUUAUGGGAGAUCUCUUUGGUUGAUGCAAGGAAUGUUUAAAGCCAAUGGAGGAUGCGGUUUUGUUAAAAAACCAGAUUUUCUAUUAAAAACUGGUCCCAAUAAUGAGAUUUUCGAUCCUAAAGCUAAUUUGCCAUCGAAAACUACUUUGAAGGUGACUGUAUACAUGGGAGAAGGAUGGUAUUAUGAUUUCAAGCAUACACAUUUUGAUCAGUUCUCACCUCCAGACUUCUAUGCAAGGGUUGGAAUCGCUGGAGUCCCUUUUGACACUGUUAUGAAAAAAACAAAGUCAAUAGAGGAUAGUUGGUUGCCUUCUUGGAAUGAGGUAUUUGAAUUCCCGCUUUCCGUUCCGGAGCUGGCACUGCUUCGCAUAGAAGUUCAUGAGUAUGACAUGUCUGAGAAGGAUGAUUUUGGUGGACAAACAUGCUUGCCUGUGUGGGAACUAAGAAGCGGAAUUCGAGCAAUUCCAUUACAUUCCCGCAAAGGAGAUAAAUACAACAAUGUAAAGCUUCUCAUGCGCUUUGAGUUCAUCUGAAUUUUGUGUAUCCUCUGCUAUAUAUUUUGUACAGUCAUUACAUUAUAACGCAAGAGUUUGUAUGUAGUAGUGCCAUAUACUGUUUAUUUUAUUGAUUUUUUUUGUUUGCAUUAUGGUAUUUACACGAAUAUCUAAGGGUGAUAAUAAUUAUUGGUGGAUGAAUAUGUUGUUUGUACCAAAAGUGUGUUUUGUUUGAUUAUGAAAUGUUGCUCUAAGAAAUAAGAUGUGUCUCAUUGUGUUUUGGA